AUGGAAUGUGUGCCAAAUAAUCCUCCUGUUAUUAAUAACGAUCAAACUGAAUCUGUGCCUAACAUGGUUUCUAACAACUUAUCCAACUUCCAAACGAAUGACCUUAAUCGCAUUGUUAUAGUUGAAACCUCAGUUAACAACAUUAUAUCUAAAAUCAGAGAAAUUUCAA